AUGUUUGACAAAUUGUUCCACCGUCAUAAUCACAAAAAGAUCGAAGUCAGCGAACCGAAACAGCGCUACAACUCGACGUCUUCAACCGGAUCAGGUUCGUCUGAGAACAAAAAAAGAAUACAUUUGUAAGAAAAAAAUAGAAACCUUUCGAAUUUUGGGUGGAAAAAAAUCCCGCAUUUUUGCGAAUUUUUUUCUUUUUAAAAAUAUCAGAAUUCAGUACGGCUUGAAAAAUUUUUUUAAUUAGUUCACCAAAAAAAUUUUUUUCAAAAAAAUUUCACUCGGGACUAUACCAAAGAGACGAAGUUAUUGAAAUUUUGAACUAUCAAAAAUUUUUAAGGUAUGUCAUUCAACUGUCCCAUUACGCUCCGGAUUAAAACAGGAACCUUUUCUAUAUUUACAUAUUGAAUGUUUUUUGCAUUUAAACUUAAUAACAUCCUGUACCAUGUUCAUAUGGUGAAGGAAAAUCAUCACAUUUUUUUCAGAACUUUCCUCGAAAAAUGCUUCGAGAAAAGGCAGUUUGGAUGUCCAGUCGGCCAACGGCUACACUUUUCCGCCCAACUUUUGCAUUACGGCCGCUCAGCCCUUCUUUCCAGCCGUCUUACCGGCGAAAUGGCCUUUUGCCGGAUAA